AUGACAUAUGCAGCAGAAGUAUGGGUCAUAAACAAAAACAACCAAAGAAAAAUUCUGGCCACCGAAAUGAUGUAUUGGAGAAGAUGCUGUGGACUAACCAGAAGAGACCGAGUCACGAAUGAGGAAAUAAGAAGAAGAAUGGGGAGAAAGACCGACGUCUUAAAGUACAUAGAAACGAAAAGAUUGGUAUGGUACGGUCAUGUUAGAAGGGCGGAAAAUAGAUGGAUUAACAGAGUGACAGAGUGGAGCCCGAUUGGAAGAAGAAAGCGAGGGCGGCCAAGAAGAUCAUGGCGAGAUGAAGUGGACGAGUCUAUGCAUCAGAGAGGACUACGAGAGGGAACAUGGGAUGAUCGAGACGAAUGGAGGACCCGGUUGAUGGAAGGAAGGCAGCCAGAGCUGUAG